ACGACCUUUUUUGCAAAUUCUCUUUGUUUUAUUGCAGCUAAUUUGUAUAUACAGUGUACAUAGAGAUGAGCACACAACAAACUCGUUCGGGGGGCGGAGGCGGCGGCGGUCGCACUCAGAAAAAGUCAAAUUCCGCCAAUCUUGGCGGUGGAGGCGGCGGCCAUAGCAGUGGCGGUGGCAACAUCAAUAACAGCGAUGCUGGAGGCGUCACACAUGCAGCCGCAACAUUGAACAACAAGAAGACAAGCGAUGCAAACAAGACAGAGAAAGCAGAGAAGGCACAACCAAAGGCUACCACGGAACAGUUGCGCCUGGCCCAGAUCACCAAUAGCAGCACCACAGAGGAUCCGCAGAUCAAUGAAAAGGUCACGCUCUUGUUGACUAUGACUCAACGUUCCGAGGAGGAAGUGUGUUGCGCCUUGAACGAGUGUGACUAUGACUUGCAGGCGGCAGCCAAUUUCUUGAUUGAGAUUCUACCACAGGGCGCGUUUGCCAAGUACGAGAAGAAGCGCAAGAACAAGGCUGCAAAUGCUGUGGCGGAUGGCGCCGGCGGGGACGGCGACUGGGCCGAUGGCAACGCCAAUGCGGACCGGCGCGAAAAGUCACGCAAUCGCAGUGCCAAUCGCGGUGGACGUGGCGGCACCGACAGUCGCGGCUGGCGUGGCAGAGAGGCACGUGAGAAUGAUCGCAAUAUGCGUGAAUCUCGUGGCGGCGAUCGUGGCGAGGAUCGCGCCAAUGACAACUAUCGCGGCCAGCGUAAUGGCCCACGCGGUGGUGCUGGUGGUCCUGGCGGUGCCGGCGGACGUGACGGCGGUCGCGGUGGCGGCUUCAUGUCACGUCCGGGCCGCGGUGGCGGACGCAUGGGCGGCCGCAGCGGUGGACCACGCGGUGAACGCGGCUUUGGUGCACGUAACAAUGCUAACAACGAGGAUCAUCACGAGGUGGAGUUGUGGGACAAUACCAUAGCUCAGAAUGCAGAGAAGCAGCAGCAUCAGCAGGCGCACGACGAUGCCUGGGGCGAUUGGAACAACGAGGAGUAUGAGGGCUCGCUGAAGGACAGCAAAGUGUUUACCACGAGCAAUCUCAACUCGCAGGUAGCCGGCAACGUUGUUGCUGGCGGCUCCUCGUUGACAGCGGGCGAGUUAUCGGCACCGCCAGGUCUGGAGCAUCAUCAAGGAUCUCAUCUCGAGGACAGCAGCAACAGCACGCUGCCAGCUACGUCAUCCGCCACCACGCCCAUGAUGCAGUACAGCGCAGCGGUUAGUAAUCCGCCGCCACAACUGCAAUCAGCAGCGGUGAGCACGCCUAGCAGCGCUGCGCCCGGCUCGGUCAGCAAUGUGGCGUUGAAUGCGACAAGCUAUGCGAGCAACGUGGCUGCCGAUUCAUUCUCCAGUGCGGCGUCGGCGGCUGCCACCUUGGUGCAACAGGCUCAACAGCAGGCACAGCAACAGUUGCAACAACAGCAGCAGCAACAGCAGACGCCACUGAAGCCAUCGGCGACACUUUCAGCGGAACAAUCUCAGUAUUUCAACUCGCUGACGUCACAGGGCGCCAGUCCAACAACCGCUGCAGCUGCCGUGGCGGCUGCCGCAGCAGCAGCAGCCGCUGCUGCACAACAACAACAACAGCCUUCGUUGGCGUUCCAGAGCAGUGGCGGCACAGCGUCAACGCAGUAUCCGAGCACCUAUGCGAAUGUGUUCGCCUCGGCGCCUGGUAGCAGUGUUGGUGGCACGCCUACAGGCGGCAAUAGCAGCGAUCAGUCGCAGCAGGCUCCGUUGCGUCGGGCACGUGUCAAGCUGCCGCCGCCAUCGAAGAUUCCAUCGACCGCAGUGGAGAUGCCUGGCGAUAAUGCUUUAAACAACAUUGGCUAUUUGGAUGUGCAAUUCGGUGCGAUGGACUUUGGCAACGAUGACAGCUUUGAUGCGCUGCCCGAGAAGUUCAAUGCGGGCGUCUCGAUUGAUGGUCAGCAACAGCAGCAACAGGAUGAUUAUCAGACCAAGUCACAACAGCAGCAGGCGGCGUUGACCGCUGGACUGCAAAGUGCGCAAAUUUUACAGGGUGAUGCUUUAAGCGCUGCUGGUUAUGCGGCACGUUCGUCAGCGCAACAGCAGGCUGGCAAUGCGCUGGAUCAGUUGACCAAGAACGAUCCUUAUGGCCAGGCGGGCAGCGGCAACAAUGGAGCCUCGUCGUAUCAGAAUGCGUAUCAAAGCAGUGCCGCCAACAAGGCGAACAGUGCCUAUCAAACAUCCGCCUCGGUGCAGGGCUUCAACAGCUCCAGCUAUGCCAAUGUUCAAUCCUCUGUGGCGAAUAGCUAUCAACCCUCGAGCUAUGCCAGCUAUCAGCCAAAUGCUGUCAACUCCUAUCAACAACAGCAGGCGGCGGCAGCUGGAGCUCAGAAUGCGACGGGCAGCGUUGCCGGCAGCGGCGCUGCAACACAAAACAUUCCGAUUAGCGGCAGUGGCGGACAGAACAGCUCCAGCGCAAAUGCGAGCUCCGCCUAUCUCACAUCGGGAUAUUCGACACCACAAAGUGCUUACCAGUCCAGCCAGAGUGUCUAUGGCAGCACUGGUCUCUCCAACAGCAGCGGGUUUGCUGGCAGCGCAAGCAACUCGUCCUCGCAGUAUGGUAACUUUAGUGCUAGCGCCAAGCUAAAGGACGCUGCUAACGCUGGAGCUGCUACGCACUACGACAGUGUCUCCACUAGCAGUGGCGUGAGCAGCAGCAGCGCCAGCACUGGCAACGGUCCAGCCGGAGCUGUGUCUGGCGUAUCAGGUGCUAACCAGGCGGUCGUUUCCAACACCAACAACAAUGUGAGCGGCAGCAGCUCGGCCAGCAGCGUUGCGGCUGGUGGCGGCAUCAACAACAGCAGCAGCAACAACAGCAGCAAUGUGGUGUCAGUUAGCAGCCAGGUCCAAGGCGGCUCGAUAGCGGGCGUAAGUAGCGGCGGCGGUGUUGGUGGCGGUGUUGCCGGCGGCAGUGCAUCCAGCGUCGGCGGCGUCGGCGUUGGCGUCGGUGUUAGCAAUGCCAGCUCUGUGGCAGCCGUUGCACAAACGGCUGCGGGCACCACCGCAGCAGUGCUCGCCUCGCUGACCAACAAGAACAGCAGCAGCAGCAACAGCAGCGGCGUCGUCCGCGGCCUCAGUAGCGGUGGCAACGGCAACGGCGCCACAACAGGCAGCGCCGACGCAGGCGGCGUCGGUGGCAGCAGCUCAACAGCUGGUGGUGCUGGUAGUGCUGGUGGUGGCAGCGGGGGCGGCGGCAGCGGCAGCGGCAUGGUGCCCACCAACAUCCAAAUGGUUAGUCAAUAUAUUCAGGCUGGAUUGCCAUACUAUCAGCCACCAUGUUAUUCCUACGAGGAAUUACAAAUUAUGCAACAGAGAGUGCCACAUGUGCAAGGAUAUUAUGAUCUGAACUACACGCCCAGCAUUGGAACUGGACGCGAUAAUCUCGGCUCUGUGGCCUUUGAUGCACGCUUCGCGCGCACCGACAAUAACUCCAGUCCAGUUAGUAAUGUGUCCAGCACAAUGUCGCAACAAGCUGGCUCCAGUGCGCCCAUGCUGAAUGUUCCUUAUGCUUAUUUCUAUGGCGGCAAUGUUAUGCCUGGCGGUUUCCAAUAUGGCACUCCAGCCAUUUACCCACAACAAAUACCGACCGCAAAUACUGCAUCCGGUGGCCAGUUCCCGAAGCCAUCGUAUAGCGCUGGCUAUGGCUCCACAAGCUACGACACACUCUCGCAGGCGACUCAGGAUUACAGCAAGGGCGGCUACUCGUCCAGCGUGAAUCAGCAGAGCAAAACGCAAACGGUUUCCAAUCAGCCACAGGCUGGCACUGGCUCCGAUCUGACCUCAUCGAUGUACGGCAAGGGUCACGUGGCGCUAAACAAGGUCAAUUCUUACGAAAAGCAGAGUUUCCAUUCGAGCACACCGCCACCAUUCAAUAUGGCAAACACGCAGACACCGGGAGGCACGUCGGGCCAACAGUAUGGCAUGUAUCUGCCGAUGCCAGCGGCUGGACAUCACAAUAUGAUCCAUCAGCCCAUACAUCAGAUGGACGGCAGGAUUCAUAGCUCAUCCCGCCGGGACUCGAACAGCGCUGGUCAGCGUCAACAGUCGAGCAGCCAGUCCAAAUCUGCCGGCAAACAGAGCUACCCAGCCUCGUACUGGACCGGACAGAACUAGCAUCUUCCGGAGAAGACCAUUUGGCGGCCACUGCAGAUAACGCUGCAGCCACCGCAGAGCUUCGGCGAUUUUUAUAGCCUUCGCACCGCCACCACAGCAACAACAACAACAACAGCUGCAGUUGCAACUGGAGCAUCAUUAACAACAACAGCAACGGCAAAAACACCCAUUCACAUUUAUAAUUAUAAUAAUAUCGUGCAGCAGCGAAUGUUGCCCAUAACAACAAAUACAAUAAUAACAACAACAACUACUAAAGCAGCGACCGCAGCAACAACAACCACAAUAACAACAGCAACCACCACAACAGCAACAUGCGCUGCAACAAAUCAGUUAUUAAUGCUUGUCAAGGAAAAACAACAGCAGCAACAAUCGCCGCCACAGCAACCACAACAGCAACAGCAGCCGCUUAAUAAAUCCGAUGAAGCGUUGAGCGAGGAGCAUCAUUCAUCGCCAGCUGAUGAUAAUGAUGAUUAUCUAAUAUAUGAAGAUGAGAGAUCAUAUUUUACUUAAUAAGAAGAAAAUGUUUUUACUACGAACGCACCGUAAGGCGAUGUCGCCUCCUCCUCCUUCUCCUCGUCAUCCGCCUACAUUCGCACACACACACACACAUACACAUCCACAACACAACACCACACACAAAUCACAAGCAAGAACAACCAAAACAACACAUACACCUACAUACAUCUAUAUACAGCCAACAACCAUCUGCAUAUACAUAAUAAUAAACUAUACCAAGUACCAUUUUUCACAUUGCAUACAAAUAAUUUACAAAGAUAAAAGAUAACAAUUAUUAAAUAUUAAAGGCGUAAAACGAUUUAACAGAUUUAUAAGCGUAAGAUGAAACAACAAAUACAAAAUACAAAUACAAAAACAACAAAAAAAACAAAUAAAACGUAACGUGAAUGAGAAAACACACACAACAAACAAAAAUUAAUUAUUGUAAUCGGUUUAAACUUAUGUGUAUUGUAUAAUUAUAACCUUAAUAUUUAAAUUAAAUACAAGAAAAGAAGAUAAAAGAUACGAUUAAAUCCAAACAAAUGCAAAAA